GUGGGUGCUCUUUGGGUUGUCUUGUACUGGAAAUGGGCCCUCCUCAGAAGGACUACUGAGGGGAGGUAUAUGAGACAUAAAAAAAAAACGGAAUGCCAAGCGUGCCCGCAGACUAUAAAACUCUGGUCCACUGGUGGCUGAGAGCAUUGUGAGUGAAACCGGAGCACUGAACUCGUCUCCAGCUUCUCAUGUGCUGACCUGACCCUGCUGCAGGCCCACCAUCCCCUGUCUUCACUUACCAGUGCCUGGACUGUGUACAAGGUCAACAAGGAUGAGGCUUCUACUUGUCCUAAGUGCACUGCUGGCUGCUGCCAGUGCUCAAUCGUCGUUCUCCUUUUCCCCAGCUGUGGGGUCAGGGUCUGGAACCUCUUAUACCAUCACGGGGAUGGGUCGCAUCACUGCGGUCAGAACAUGGGAGAAUUAUAAUGGACACGUCCGUGGCAUCCAGCUCCGUUAUGGGUUCACAUGGUCACCAGUUGCGGGCUACACAGGCGGCAACGUCCAUGAGAUUGAGCUGUUCGACGACGAGUUCAUCGUUCAGAUCUCCGGCAAGUUCGCUCACUACAUCCAGACCAUAAUGAUCAUCACCAACAGGGGGCGCUCCCUCAUUGCUGGACAACCAUCUGGACAAACCUUCAACAUGUACGGCGGCCAUCCGAUGGCCGAGCUCCGUUUCCUGAGCGGUCGCUUCCACGGGGGCCUCACCUCCAUCGCCUCUCACUGGGCCGUGCUCAGCAUGCCCACCAAUGGCACUGCUGAUUAGCAGAAGAGAAUGAAGACCCACCUGUCCUCUACCGCACUUCCCCUCUUGAAGGAUCUUCUUGGAUAAAUUAAAUUGAUCUCAGGGACGCUACAAACCUGAACUUUGAAAUUGAAUUGAAAACACUUAAGUCUUGCUCUUCGCUUUUUCUUUCACCAGUAGGACAUGAUGUUUGUUCUGAGAUCAUGAGUUCACACCAUGCUUAUUCUGUGCCGAACAGACACAAGUUGUGUUUCUUAUUGCAAUGACCUUCAGCAUAUGUUCAGUAAAUAUCUUUAGAUAAGCA